AUGACAAAAUUGAAAUCAUUUGAUCCAAACGCUGUUCAAAUGUUCGAUUCUUCUGGAAAGAUUCCUUCUGGUCUUCUUCAAGGUUCAUGGACAGAUUUAGGAGCUUUCGAUGAAUGUUUGGCACUUCCAUCCAGUCAAUAUUGUCUCGUAUACAGCAAAAUUCCGCUAAUCUGGUCCCGAAAAUAUGAAGGAUUUUUCCAUCCAAGCAAUCAGCAGUUGUACAAUCAUGAUUCUAAUCCAACUUUCCACCGAUUAAUCUCGCAAUAUGGCCAUUACUUUCUUCAAAUGAACAUAACGACUGGAAUAUGUCUUCCUUUGGGUUGUUCAGUGGAUGAACUUCGUUUAUUACUCAUCUCUGGUCUUUCUAGUCAUAACUCAGGAUUACAAUUUGAUGUGGAUUCAUGUCAAACUCAUUCCUAUCCAGUGCCAUGGAAGAAACAUGAAAUAAUUGCUGCCUCUAUUUUGUUAGGUGUUGUUAUUGCCAACAUUAUCGGUUCGUUUACUUCAUCCGUGCCAAUCUUGCGAUUUUUCGAUGUCCCAUCAAAUUUAGAUAAAGUAUUAUCAUCUCCUCAACAUACGCCGUUUCCCUGUCUUGGUGGAAUCAAAAGUUUAACCAUGAUCUACCUAAUUUGUGGUCAUGUUGUUUGGGGUUUACUAUUCAAUAGUUUUGAUAAUCUAUUUGCUCUUCCAUCUACUCUGGUCAAUCCGUUGGGACUUUCAGUGCUUCUUGGUCCAGACACUGUUGAAACCUUUUUCCUAGUCAAUGGUUUGGAAAUGAUGACUCUGUUUCUCACUAAAUCACCGUCAUCAUUAUCAUCUUCACCUAAUUUUCCCCUUACAAUUUUCUUGUUGCUUCGUUGGUUUCGUUUCGCUAUUACUGUUGGUUGGUUCAUUUGUAUCAACAUCAUUGUCUUCUCAGAUCAUUUUAGAGUCGCUUUUGGUGGACCUUUCUGGCAUCACCUUCAAUCAGCGGCAUCAAUCUCAUCAACUUGCGCUUCUACCUGGCUUAAUCAUCUCUUUUUAAUUUCUCAUUACUUUAAUUCACCUGAAAACUGGAAUACAUGUUUGUUAGCUGAUUGGUAUCUAGAAGUCGAUUUCAUCUACGUUAUACUCUUCAUCUUCUUCAUAACUCCAUUUCUAGGAAACAAAACAUUCAAACCAAUUUUAAAUUCAACUCUAAUCAUCUUGGUAGGAACCUUAAUUACCGCAAUAAUCACGAUUGUCUAUGAUGUUCAAACUUCUUGGCUUCCAACUAAUUUUGUUUCAAACCAAUUUGCAAAGUAUCUUGUUUACAUUCACUCAAAGCCUUGGGCUCAUUUGAGUCCAUAUUUUUUCGGUGUUAUUCAGGCUUUUGCUAUGAACUCGGAUAAACCCAAAAUCAAUAAGCAAUUAAUUGAUGGCAAUUAG